AUGAAGUCCAAGAAGUCCCAGUCUCCCUCUCCAUCCCAGCGCCGACGGUCCUGCUUCAGCCUGAGGGGCCGCAGGAAGAAGGGAGGAGCCAUCAGAGGGAAACUGCGUAUGCGCUCUCUGCCUGGGGCCUUCAUCCUGCUUGGCCUCCUGGUGGUGGUGGUGGGUACUGCACUAGCUGUGGCUGGGUACUGGCCCUACAGGUUGUCCAAGGCAACGCUGUUGACCGAGGGGGAAGAGUCAUCAUCCGGGUGGAGCCUGGGAGCCAAGGGUCUUCUGUCAUCAGCCAGAGCCAGCCUGGUACAUAGUGAACGUAUGAAGCUGCUGGGACCAGUCAUCAUGGGUGUGGGGCUGUUCAUCCUUAUCUGUGCCAACACCGUCCUGUAUGAGAACCGUGACCGAGAGACACAGAUGCUCCUGGCCCAGAUGAGGAGUGUCAUCUGCUCCGUGUCGGCUGCAGUACCCUCUGCCGACCUCCAGGAGAUAGCCGUCACCAACUCCAUGACCAAGCACUACCAGUGGGUCAGCAGCCUUCCUGCCGCGCACCUCAACAUUCUCUGUCUCCAGCAGCUAGCCUGCUCUGAGCCCAUCCUACGCACCCGAUCUGGUGACAGGGACUACCAUCAGGCCGUGCUGCAGACAGAAGCACUCCACCACCAGGAGUCGGAAUCCACACCUUCCCUCAAAUCUUCCAAAUCGAACUCUCGCAAUUCCAGUCAGAUGGAUUUAAAAACUGACAACUUUUCGCCAAAACACGCCAUUCAGCUAGUCAAAGUCAACAACUGCCUGGUUUCGGCAAGUUCCAUGUCAACGCUAGAGGUGGAGGAGAGUGUAGAUGUUCCACUAGCUCUGCCCAGGCGAUGUCACAGUCUGAGCUAUAGGACUAACCCUUACAAACAUGGCGUCCACUUGAAGGCGCUGCUCAAAGCAUCCGACACAGACACAAAACAAUUGGUGGGACAGCGGAAUGAGCGCGGUUCACAUGUCUGUGUGAGUAUCCCAGGACAAAUCGUGGAUAAUAUGUCCGAGGAUAUGACACACCGGAGCUGGCCCAGACUGGACUUGGGAAUAGGGAGGAGGUAUUUGAAAUUGGAAAAUAAAGAGGAUUCUGUGGACAAAUUGUUAGACCAAUUGGAGAAUCAGUGUUCGCAAUGGGAUAAAAGCUUUGGAUCAGGACCAUUCCAAUGAUGGGAACUUUUUGGAAUAUACUCUGUUGUUUGUUGAUUGCCAUAGUGAACCAAUUGCACAGUGAGUUUGCUGAAUUUUCAGGCCAGAUGUUCUUCAUAACCACAUAUAACUUGACUGUCAUUGUGGGUCAUCCAUUGUCUUGCUGACUGAUGCAACCAUAGUAGUUGGGUAAGGCUUGAACCAACUACCCUCCAGUUAGUAGGUGAACGCUCAACCCACGACACCACUGAUGGCUUACCUGGAGUAAAGUAUAUUUUUCUUACUGUGCAAUGCAAUUUUCGGGAUCUUCCAAAUACACUUGGAGAUGUUCCGAUCAUAAGAGGAAUUUGUUUAUGCAAUCAAAGGAGUAGACAAGACUGGAGCCAGGUCUGUCAUGAAUGAGCUAAAUGACGCAUUGUUUACUAUUGCUAGGCUUGGCAGACCUCCGCACGCUAACCAUUCCAACUGUGGUUUGGACAGACCUAUACAAACUAUCAUUUUCACUGUGGAAUCAUUUUGUAAUCAAAUGGCUGGUCCGUGAGCAAGACGUGGGCAAGCCGUGGGUGCGGAAAGGGGCUAUAUGUGCAAAGAUGUCCCGCACUCUGAUGCAAUGCAUGGUAGUGGUGUACAGUGUCAUACCUCUUAUGCAGAUCGUUGUUUGUUCCAUGUGUUACCAGUGUCUAUGGGGUUGUGUUGUCUUCUGUUGUGUCCACUGUCUUUCACGCAAUACUGUACAUGUUUAUCCAGUUGUCUGUGCAUUUAGGCCGAAAUAUGAUGUCUUCCUUACAUUUUGUAAAGAAAAAUAAUCGUCUUAUUUUAGCAUUAUCAAGUUUUUUGCACAUUAAAAACUAAGUAUUUAGACCCAGUCAAGCAGUAACAGCUGAGUCCUAUCUGUUAGUGUCAUGUUGACAAUAAACAUGCAGUGUUUUUCACUGGGUAUUUCACACUUAAUCCAAGUAUACAAAUAACAAGUGAAAAAGCAUUUAACAACUACUCUGAAGAACAGAUAUUAAAGGCAUUCUACCUGAUUUUUUUCUUCAAAAUGUGAAAACCACAGCUAGUUUAUUUUAAGCUGUGUGCAAAGGUCCAAUAUUGUUCCUCACUUAUCUUAUGCAUUCUGAGAAUCCUAAUUAAUCACUGUGAGUUUAUAAGCGCCUUUCACAACUUUCAGAGGCCAGAUUGGAGUUUUGCCCUCACGGUAAUGCUACCAACAACUUGGAUGCUAACAGUGCACUUCUUGAUUCACAGAGGAUAAAAUGCUUUUGCGAUAAAACUCUGCUCUGGUCUCUGAAAGUUGUGAAAAGCACAUGAACUCACUGCAGAGAAUAAUUAGGAUGCUCGGAAUGCAUAAGGUAAGUGAAGAAUAACUUUGGACAUCUGCAGACUGUUUAAAAUGAACUAGUUUGUUUUUUCAUGUUUUGAAGACAGUAAAAAUCAGCCACAGCGUCUUUAAUGAGAAUGUUUAAAUUCUCAACAAUGUUAUACCAUUAAGUAAUGGAAAUUCAUGUUAAGUUAGGAUCUUAUUAUGCAGUUAUAAGGUUGCUGUAGCGACAAGCAGAGUCAGGACUGAUGCUGUAGUUUGCUUAUGCUGUGGCGUAAACAUAGCUUUGGGAACAUGACAUCACUGUGAGGUUAGCCGAAGGUCACAGAAGCAAUAUCUUUUUCAAUCAGUUUUACAGGCCCCAUCUGUGUCCCCAGAAAUGAUGUAACAUGUUCAAAGCAGGCUUGGUUUUACUGACAAACAAAAGUGCAUAUUUAUUCAUGAAUAAAAGUGUAUUUUCUGUAA